CGGAUUUCAUUGAACGCAUCACAGCAGAGGCACGUCACACAUGCGUAGUAGGGUGUUAUAUCAUCGCGUGCCGGCUUUUUACUUCCUCUGUACUGAACACAGAGAACGAAACGCUUUGCUUUCUUUUUUUCCAAAGCGACUGGUUUAUUUUGACAGAUAACAUGGCCUCCUACGAUGAUGAUAAUCAAUCCAAGUUAAUGCGAAAAGCAAAAGAGAAUCCUUUUGUUCCAGCAGGACUGGCUGGAUUUUUUGCCAUUGUCGGUUACCAGCUGAUGAAAAUGAAACACAGAGGAAACACAAAAAUGUCCGUUCACCUGAUCCACAUGCGUGUAGCUGCACAGGGAUUCGUGGUUGGAGCCAUGACUUGUGGCGUCCUGUAUUCAAUGUACAAAGAGUACAUUUGGGAUCCUGCACACAAGCCAAAGGAGGAAAAAUGAACGUGGAGACUCGUAUUUCAAAGUUAUUACCUGAUAUCAAAGGGUGUAGAUAACAUAUUAUAUUAUAUUUACAAAGUGAUUUCCUAAAAAAAUGUCUGUAUAACUCAAAAUAAAAACUUUAAAAUGUAGUGUUUAUUAUUAUUAUUGUUGGAUUUUUAAGAUGAUUAGAUGAUAAUUUGUUUUUUGUCAUAGCAUGGCAGCUCAUUAAUCCACACAAGAAAAAAAAAUAUUAAAUAGGAAUAAAGACUUUUAUUUACUUAAACUAUAAGUGUUAAAAUUGUUCAUUUUUUUCAUAAAACAUCAUAAUGACAAAGUUUUUCUUUAUGAGUCUUUGCAAAGAUUUUUUUAGGUAUAUUUAAGAUGUGAACAGAUACUGACACUUCAAGACCAUUUUUUUUAUAUAUACAUAAUUAUUUUUGUGCUUAAAUUGAAGACUUGGUAAAAGGUUGUAAUAUUGAGGUGUGCAAUAUUUGGGGGGAUUUCCUUUUUUUUAGGAAAUGUAAUAAUUUUUUUGGGGGUAACCAUUUCAGAACUUUUAUUUUUUUUCUCAAUAAACAUUUUUUGUUCAAUUAUAACAUACAUUACUGUAUACUGACAGAUGUUGCGGCCCUAUAUUUUAUUAGCUUUACAGACUUUCUUGUGAUCUGAAAAUGGUCCAGAGCAACAAGUUUCAAACUUUUAGAGGAUUUCCUUGACAUUUUAAUCAAAUUUAAAGAUUUUUGCGCUUUUUUUUCUUCUCACAUGGCUGAAAUCUGAGAGUUUAAAGACACAAUUUCACUUAUCUUGACCACAUUGAGAUCUUAUGUUAAAGACUGGCCUUUUGGAAAGCUGAUUAAACAUCAGUUACAAAGUCAAAUAAAUAGAUGCUGCAUCAUAUUUCUCCAUAUUUUAACCUAUUUUUCAAGAAAAAAAAAAACUUUGUAUAAAGGCCAAUUUAUAAUCUGUCCGUGUUCUAUAAUCCAUAUCUUGAAAUAUGGAUUAUUCAUUGAAAUAUUUUUCUUUUUUCCAAAAAAUAAAGUCUUGAAUAACUACA